GCGGGAGAGUUGUAUGGACCACGGCCCAAGAGGCUAAAACUGUGGACCGGGAGUAGAUCUGGUUUGGCCCUUGUAUAAAUCCCGACGUAGAGAGAGAGAGAGAGAUUCACCAUUGGCGCCGAUCAAAACCUUGAAGCCGCACUGUGAUUUGUGAUACUGAGAAUGACGACCGAAUCCAAGGUUGCAGCAGCUGAAGAAGCCAAGAUGGACCUGUUCGAAGACGAUGAUGAAUUUGAGGAAUUUCAGAUUGAUGAACAAGAGUGGGAUGUGAAGGAGGCUGCAGAUGUAAGUCAGCAAUGGGAAGAUGAUUGGGACGAUGAUGAUGUAAAUGAUGAUUUCUCUCUGCAGUUAAGGAGGGAACUGGAGAAAUCAAAUGCAGAGAAGAAGUGAGUCAUUGUGCUGCAACAAUACUUUCAAGUAAUUCCUUUUUCUUUCUUUCUUUCUUUCUUGUUAUGUGUGUGUGUGGAGCUUUUAGACAUAAGCAGCCUUAAAUACACUGAAUAGUUAAACUUUUGAAUGUUCAUGUGAUUGCAAGCUUUGUUAUUUCCUGACUA